AUGGAUUCCAGGUUGGUGGAUGCAGCGCUUAAUGGAAACUCCAUGGAACUGCAAAGAUUACAUGGAGCGGACUCCCUCUUACUGGAGAGAGAUUCACUGGCCGUGUACCCUGAGACUAUCCUACACAUUGCAGCCAUGAGUGGGCAAACCGAGUUUGUGAGGGAGCUACUGAAGCUAAUUAGACCAGAUUUUGCCACUAGACUUGACAAGGAUGGUUUUAGCGCAAUACACAUAGCCUCCGCAAAAGGGUUUGUUGAAAUAGUGAGAGAGCUACUGAUAUUUAACAGGGAACUUGCCCGUCUUAAGAGCAGGGAUGGAAGGACUUCUCUUCAUUGUGCUGCUAUAACUGGGCAGGUUCAAGUCAUUAAGGAAUUGCAUGACUUCUGUCCUGACAGUAUAGGUGACGUGACUCUAAAAGGCGAGACUGCAUUUCACCACGCUGUGAAGUAUAACCAAUUGGAGGCCUUCAAAGCCAUGGUUGACAUACUCAAGCAAUUUAACAUGCUUGAAAUUAUGAGUGCUGGGGAUGAAGAUGGCAACACUGUCUUACACCUUGCAGUUGCUAGGAAGCAGAGUCAGACAGUGAAAUUGCUACUUAGUGGUGACGGUAGCUAUCGUGAAGCAGUCGGUGUGAAUAUGACCAACAAGAGUGGCUUAACUGCUUUGGAUGUGUCCGACGUGAUACAACAAAUGGUGGGUGAACCCACUGAUUUCAUGCUCAGAGAUUUGCUUCUGCGCGCAGGAGCCUUAAGAGUGUAUGAAAUUGAAGACAUUGAUACUGCUGAAGUUCAUCACAGGCAAAUCUCGGUGAGGGAGGCACCGCCUCCCCAGACUCUCCGACAGCUCUUAUUACAUGAAAUUUCAUAUCUGAACCCUUGGAGAGUUUGGAAAAUGUUAGCAAAUGAAGUGAAAAAGUCACCAUCACAAACUCAAAAUGCUUUGCUUGUUGUGGCUGUUCUUAUCGCAACUAUAACCUACCAAGCCAUACUAGAUCCUCCCAAUGGCGUUUAUUACGGCGAAGAUCACGUCGCUGCUAAUAUAUCAGAAGAUUUACAAGAAUUUCUUUCAUUCAUGGUUCCCAACACUAUUGGAUUUUUCGCAUCGCUUGCAGUGAUUAUUUUAGUUAUGGAUGGAUUUCCACUCAAAGCAUUGUUGGGGAUUGCUGUGCGUUGCAUGGCUGCAAGUUAUGUUUGCGGAUUUUUGUUGAUUGGACCUACGAGCAUAAAUGCUUCACGCUUGGCGAUGACAAUAAUAGGAAUAAUGGUUUUCUUGGACUUCGUUCGCUUUGCCUACUGGCUAGUCAGGAGAUGGUCCAAAGAAAUUAGAAACAGAAGUAGACGAAUCUAA